UGAACAGGGAGGGGCAGAAGGGAUCCGUAUAAAAAGCGCAAUAAACAAAGAAUCUGAGUCGAACAGCAAACCACAACACAGCAUCAUGGAUGAGUUCAACCUUGGAAGCGUCGACCUGCAACAGAGGCAAAACCAGAUCCGCCACAAAACCGACGGUCUGAGCUCCAGCACUCUGGUCCUGCGGAGAGGACAGGCCUUCACGGUACUAAUGAUCCAUGAAGGGCGGCCAUUCGACCCACUGAAGGAAAAACUCAUCUUCCGAAUUGUUCUAGGUCCGCUGUUUGUGGAGGUCCCGGUCACCAGGCUCGCACAGCCCUCUCUGAAUCAGUGGAGCGCCGCUCUAGAGAGGAGCAUCCCGGACCCGACUGGACCCCAUGCUCUCUGGGUGUCACUGUCCAGCCCUGCGUCUGCUUCAGUCGGCGUCUACACGCUCCAGCUGAGAAUAGAGACGUGCUUUUCCGUGAGAACGCAUCUGCUCGGCCAGUUCACGCUCCUGUGCAAUCCCUGGUGCCAAGCUGAUUCUGUGUUUCUGCAGUCGGAGGAUCUGAGGACUGAAUAUGUCAAGAGUGAUAUCGGUCUGCUGUUUAAAGGCAGUCCUGGUAACAUGGUCUCCAGACCCUGGUCGUUUGAUCAGUAUGAAAAAGGGAUACUGGACAUCUGCAUGAAAUUGCUGCAGCUGAGUCCUCAAUAUCAAGCAGAUAUGAGAAAAGAUCUGCAGAACCGCAGCGAUCCGGUUUAUAUCGGCCGUGUGAUCUCAGCGAUGGUGAACUCUAACGAUGAUAAAGGGGUGUUGAUGGGAAACUGGUCAGGUGACUACAGCGGUGGGGUCAAUCCUUCAAAGUGGUCCGGCAGCGCAGAUAUUCUCAGGAAGUGGGCAGAAACACAAUUCGAGCCUGUGAAAUACGGACAGUGCUGGGUGUUUGCUGCUGUCAUGUGUACAGUGAUGAGAGUCCUCGGCGUACCGACUCGAGUCGUCACCAACUUCAACUCGGCUCACGACACAAACUCAAACCUGGUGAUUGAGGAGUAUUACACUGAGAUGGGGGAAAAACUGUCCAUCGGCAGAGACAGCAUCUGGAACUUCCAUAUGUGGGUGGAGAGUUGGAUGAAGAGGCCUGAUCUGGGUCGAGGUUAUGACGGAUGGCAGGUUCUCGACCCCACGCCACAAGAGAGGAGCGGAGAAAUGUUCCGCUGUGGUCCUGCUGCGGUUAAAGCCAUUUAUGAGAAGAAGGUGGAUGCGCAGUACGAUGUGCCGUUCGUUUACGCCGAAGUGAACGCGGAUGUGCACAGGAUGAUCGUCAGAGAUAGAAAGAUCCUCUCAACCAGGGUCGAUAAACGCAGCGUUGGAGCUCUGAUCUCCACCAAACGUCCAGGAUCCAUGAGCAUGCUGGACAUCACGUCUGAAUACAAAACCGAGCAGGAUGACAGCACAGUUCAUGCACUGAGCGCUAACGCUCGCGGAGGUGAAGGUGCUACAGGAAGAGUGGCACCUCAGGGCCUCGCAGUUUCUCUCCAGCUUCUGAAAGCCCCCGUAGUUGGCGAAAACAUUUCUUUUAUUGUGGUAAUCGCUAACAAAGUCGCUGUUCCGAAACUGCUGAGGAAACACGUGAACGCUCAGAACAAGGAGUACAACCGCAAUCCCACUGGAAGCUUCUGGGAGGCUCACCAUGACGUGAAGAUCGGCCCGAAAGAAACUGUGAGUAUAAAGCACGAGAUCUCCUUCAAGGAGUACAUGCUGAAGGAGGCUGGGGAGGAUUCUCUGGUUAACCUGGCUGUGGUUAUCGAGGACGUGAAGUCUGAGGAGAGAGUGCUGGCUUCUGAAGAGUUCAACAUCCGCAGCCCUUCCCUCGACAUACAGGUUCAGAAUGAGUAUGUGGUCGUCAACACGCAGCAAGUGGCCACAGUGACCUUCACCAACCCGUUCAGCAUCGUAGUGAGCGGAGAACUGACUGUGGCCUGUUCAGGGCUUCGGGAGAAGGUUCAAACAAGGCUCACGAUCCCGCCUCGAGAAACCAUGAGGAAGGCCAUUUAUUUCACUCCCGGGAUGGCGGGUGCUAAGAUGCUUUACGCUAGCCUGGUGUUGAUGAAUCCUCCCACCGUCCUGCACGGGUUCGAGACCAUCACCGUUCAAGCGUCUUAGAGUCGAAGAGCUUUCGAAUGAAUUGUGAACCCUCGACGUGAAGGACUGAGCGACGCUCUUCUGAUACACUGUCAGGUGUCCAACACUUUUCAACAAGUCAGUAUUAGAAGUUUUCCACCAGGACGUUUGCGCUCGAUGCAUCUGACCGUCUUUGCUGUGAAGCAGUCUGCCCUCUUCUGGAAAAAAACCUAAAACAAUUACAGUGAUAUUUACAGUAUUACCAGAGUGCUUAUGCGAUUUUGGGCACUAUUUUUGUUAGGUUAGUAACUUAUUAAAAGGCUUACUUAAAGGGCCUCACUGUCUUUGUCUCAUUGUGUAAAAAACAUUAACCAGAAAUAAAAAAAAAAAAAUUAAAUUAAUUGUAAAUACUCUCACAUUUUUAAUCUCUAUGAGAAAGAGUAACACUUAUGCUAGUACCACAAACCAAGACAAAUGCAGAGCCAAAAAAAAAGAAUUUUCUCUUAAAAUAAGAAACAAAUAUCUGCCAAAAGGUCAAGAAAAAAACAUUUUCUCAUUUCCCAUUAUUAUAAGUAUUAGUAUUACCACUGCUAUUUAUUUAUUUAUUUAUUUUUACCCUGUUGCAAAGACAAAAACUAACCAAACUUUGAUCAAUUUUUUCCAGAAAAAAACAGAUUGUCUAAUGUUAUUACGUAAAUGUACAUUAUUUAAGAAUGUUUAGAUAUUGUAAACCAGUAAAAAAUAUUAUAAGCAAUGAAA